UUAUAAGGUUUCCCGGCUCUAACCACUAAACACUCGAGAAAGAAAUCCGAUUUACCAAGGCACGCUCAUUUUAGAUCAAUACAGAACGUUUAUGCGCGUUUCCUACAACGCUUAAUCACGCUUUACUACGAACUGCUAUUUUCUCGAAGUGUUUCGUCCGAUCGAUAUGCCACAAGAAAUCCGGUCUCUGCGAUUUUUGUUUCUUUAUGCCGUCUUCUUGCUCGCUCAAAGUGGGAGCAGCACGUUUAAUAUUACAAGAUACACGAAAGGCGAUGUUUUUCAGAACAUAAACUCCUCGGAAUCUUGCAUUGAUACGUGUGUUCUCAACGACGAGAAUUCGCAAUUUUGCUCAGUCAACUGUUGUAGUUGUGUUUGUCCGAGUCAGUCUCCCACGUAUCUUCUAAAAAACGGGAAUUGUAGCUCAGAAGAUCGCUUGAUGGCAAUUCUGAAAGCUCAAAGUGGAAUUCAAGGUGAGUCUAUUUUUGUUCUUUGAAAACUUGGCUUGAACUGGUUGUGUAUGCUAAACGUACCCAGCGCCAUUUUGAACUAUCGCGCAGGCAUAGUCGGCGUAGGACGAUCACUUUUGGAUAAAACAAAAAACUCGGCAAGAUGUGAAGUUUAUUUGACCGAAUGUUUUUUAAGCCACGUGUGCUCAUGACUGUGGAAUGAACAUCGCCACUAAACGUGCAGUUAAAGAUCAUAUCAGUGUGAUCAGGACCUUGGCUUCUUCACCCGUGAGUCUUCAUUAAUCACGCUAGAUCGUUAGCUCGAAUUUUCACUGCCAAUUUUGUUUAUGAAGAAAGCUCAUUUGCUGUAUUCAUAAAAAAGUAAACAGAUUUGGAAUAACAAAAAAAAUAAUAAUUAAAAAAAAAACUGUGGAACGAUUUUUACUGGGUGAUUGAUCUUCCUAAACCUCUUGAAAUAAAAUAAAAAUUCAACAGUCUUAAUGUUCUCACUGUCGCUCAGGAUAAAGCUUACAAAAAUGUCAAAUGUCAGGGGCACCCAACGAUAAUUUUCGGGAAAUUAUCUGUUCGGAAGACGAUUUGAGAUCUAGAAUUUUCGGAUCAUUUUCUGUAAAAUUUCUUGCUUGCCUGCCUCUCCUAGGAUUUUCGAACAUCAAAAAAAUGCUAUACUUGCCCAUUUUUAACAGAUUUUUACCCUAAAAAGGUCACCUAUAAUUUUCGGGAGCCUUUUUUCUGGUUGAAAUUUUCGAAAAGGUAAAUUUUGAUCCCUAUAAUUUUCGGAUCACUAUACUUUCAGCUAGGAAAUCCGAACAGAUGAAAAAUUUUUAGGGGAUAAAAAUAAGCCUUUAUCUAUCGUUUAAAUACUAAAUUACGUUCAACAACGCUAUGUUUAUGUGGUUUUGAACUAUAUCCUCGUUGGGUGCCUCUGAAAUGUUAAGAAGAAACAUCAGUAUUUCUUUAAUAAACGACUUUGUCGUUCAUUUCACAAGAGUUUUGUUUUUGUUUUUGUUUUGUAUAACUGAAUUUUCGAUUUAGUCGCUCUUUAGCUUUCGAUACAUGUUGCACGCGAAUAUUUUAUCCAAAUUCGUGCUAACGUAGUCUCGGCACGUGGGUUUCCCAAGGUCAUUCUAGUUUGAACAUACAGAGUGGUUGUAUGCCGGACACAUUUUAAUAUUAAAAAGGCUGGUUCUUAGCCCAAUUUCAGACCAUACUAGUUACUCGUGACUCUAGUUUUAAUUCUCAACGUUGCGUAUCACUUUAAAAAUUUCAUCCGUCAAAACACAUUUGUAAUCGUAGAUUCGUCAGUUUCCGCCACCUGUUCCGAGGUUUAAAAUCGUGUCUAAAUUUGACAAGGGUGUAAAAUUUCCAUUCUUCAGAAAAAGGCUUGACGGAACUGAAAAAAUUUAGAUAUAAAUUCUCCGCAACAGAUGCAGUUCAUUUGCCAAUAAUCCACGUCGCAUAAUUUCUAAGACGAUCAUUAGAUUAUAGUUCGCAUGCCCCGUAGGUCAUUUUUCAGGAGAAAUUAAAAUCUUUUUAAAGUUUAAUUUUUUAAAAAAAAAAUUGGCUUAAGAAAAGGAUCAGAAUUAAAUCCUUAUUUACGGUCUCUGAAAUGACCUAUUAUACCAAAAGUGACAAAUUUAAUUGGCUCUCUUCCUUCUUAGCGAUAUAAAUGCGUUUUGACGUUGACUUCGUGGGAAAAUUUUAGUAAUUUAUAUCAAUAUUUCAUGUAGAGAAAAUGUAACGUUGGCAUUGUUUCAGUCACAGAAUAUGCAUUUUAAUAGCUCUCCAACAUGGUUUCUCCAACCUUUUCCUGUCUUUCGUCGGGAAGUCCCGGUAUCUUUCCCACUCGCCGCGGCUGUUGAAGUUUUCUUUCACUCCUGUGACUUAUUGAGAACAAAUUUAACUUGGUAACUUUUUUAAGGAGAAAGUUAUAAUCUUCUUCCUGUUUAAAAAAUGCCAUCUCAUUUGAAUAGCGAGCUGAAAUUUUGUCUUGUGCGAGGGGCAAACCAUUCAAUUAGAAUAUGUGAAAAAAUCAUCAAAGGAAUGGGAGAAAGCAAUGCUGGGCUACGGAAGUUGAUGUAGGAAAAAUCAUGAUAAAAAUUUUAAAAAGGCAUAGUUUAUAUAGAAGUUUAAACAGGAAAUAAUUUUUUGCAACUUUUGAGUCUGUGAAUCGAUUAAACUACUGUUUAUUGUGCUGUACAAGGUGGUUCUAACUUUUAAGCGGUCUGGAUGAAGUAUUCAAAUAAAAGCUACUGAGCAGUACUUUCCUGUGGUACUGUUUAUUAUGCUGUUCACGGUGGUUCUAACUUUUGAGUCUGUUGAUGAAAUCCUAAAGUGUAACCAUUCAAAUGAAAGCUACUGAUCAGUACUUUCCUGUGGUACUGUUUAUUAUGCUGUUCACGGUGGUUCUAACUUUUGAGUCUGUGGAUGAAAUCCUAAAGUGUAACCAUUCAAAUGAAAGCUACUGAUCAGUACUUUCCUGUGGUACUGUUUAUUAUGCUGUACAAGGUGGUUCUAACUUUUGAGUCUGUGGAUGAAAUCCUAAAGUAUGACCAUUCAAAUGAAAGCUACUGAUCAGUACUUUCCUGUGGUACUGUUUAUUAUGCUGUACACGAUGGUUGUAACUUUUGAGUCUGUGGAUUUGAAUAAAAGCUACUUAGGAGUACUUUCCUAUUGAAAGCUAACGAGCAGUGCUUUGAAGAUUUUAUGAAAGUAUUUUAUUGUUUCAGUUUAUUUCUUAAAUACAUGAAAAGGGGCAAUGACAAUUAAAUAAAAACAGAGCCUUACUAACGUACCAGAACAGACGUUUCAGUGUGAAUUUCCCAAUAUUCUGCGGAUAUUUUACUUACUGCAUUUUUUGAACUUUAGAUUGCGAUCAUCGCAUGGUUGUGUCAGAGUCGCAUUUUCCAUGCGGGAAAGAAGUCAUUACAACAUUGGACAGUCUCAGCUCUCCGGGCAAUAGAAGCUUACACCUUUGUUCUUGGAAUAAAAAUAUCGGCGAUUCCCUUAUUCAUUAUAGGUAUCUCAAGAAUUUAAAUAAUUGUGAGAUAGUUCCGGAGGAAUCGCUCUAUCUCAUCAACGGUAGUUGGAAAAGUCGUUCAUCUCAAGAUCCUUUCCUGGCGAAGCUAAAUGUUAAAAUUGUACAAGAUCCUGUUUUUGAUAAUGACAAGCUGUAUUUGAAGGUGAAUGAAAAUUAACUGUUUACACUCCAUACUCUACAUGUAGUCCCCUAUUUUCCACAAGAAAAGUAGCGAAGAAGAGAAAUUCGCGAGCGCGCGUGAACUCACGUGCCGCUUCUCCUCGCGAGAGGGGAUUCCCGCGCAGCGCUCUAGUUUUUCUCUUGCUUCCCCUUAGGAAAAUAAGGGACUGGUAGUCAACGGGCUCCUACAGUCGCACAUUUCUCUUCACGAGGAAGGUGAACCUAGGCUUUACCAGCGAAUUAUUAUUACAUCCAUGCCCAUAUGACCCUGUCGUUUUAUGGCAAAGGGCUCUGACCAAUCGAAACGUCCCACUGUUAUUCGCCCACUUACUAACUCAGCACCACAGGUUCUUUUGAAUAUAAAGCCCUUUAUUCGUUUGUAAUAAGAAUUUAUGAGUUGCCAUGGUAACUUAACCUGAAUGUUCGCCAAUGGUCGUUCCAGCCGGUCGGCCCAAGCCUGCCCCUCUCGAUCAGUUUGAUUCUGAAAAACCUGGCAAAGAUUCUAGAAUUUUGCAGUAACAACUAAGUGGCGAUCCUUAAUAUUGUAAGAAAAAUAAUUUUAUCAUAUGUUUAGGACUUAUAGAGUGUUUUGACAUGACGUCACGGCGGCCAUAUUGGUAUCCCAAACCAGUCCUGUGGGAGUUGAACUCUUUUGUUACGCAAACGUUUUCUUUUGUUGCAACCAAUUUGCAUAGAUGCUGGCCACGUGAGUGAAAACGCUCUAUACGUAAGACGUUUUUAAAUGUACUUUUUUAUGUGUUUUUAUAAUAGUGGAACUCAGACAUCGGAAAGCAAUAUGAUGGGCUCAUUUUCUCUCUCAAGUUGCUUUGUCGCAGUAAGCAAGGGAAGGAUUUAAAGUCUUGUGUCCACUUCAAGAAAUCUGGAUCAUGUAAGUUCAGCGACGCUUCUUUUUAUUGAUUUCUUUCUUAGUAUAAAGAGCUUCUCAAAUCAACCAAAAGAAGAAAUAUUACUUUUUGUAAUACAAUUGUACAGUCUCUCAGACCUUUCUCGUACAUACAGCCUAAUCUUUCGUCUUACUUAAUAAACGCGCCUCGCGCUUAACACUGGGUUAUCACAUCCUUCGCCCUUAGUAAAAUUUUCUCGUAAAAAUCGUAUAUAAUGUUUAUUUGACCGGCUACACUCAUGUAAGAAAUUAAAAAUCGACGGAAGUGUUCUAACUUCCGCGUGUUUUAUUGUCUUUGCAGUUACUGACAUCAAACCAACUUCAAAUACGGCGUUGCUGAGGAGCACUCGGUUACCAGCUACCUCGGUCGUGCAAACUACAGCGGAAACGACUAAAACCACAGCAGAAACAGGGAUAAAAGCAACCGUCCAGACAACUCUGACAUCAAGAGUAAAUCGUACAUCAACUGCGCACGCGCCAACUUCCUUUGGUUUCGGUAUUGUUCGUGGUACACCGUUCGAUGACCCGCCAAAGAACAACCCAAACAGUAUAGUACUUAUUAUACUCGCUUCACUAGCUGGGGCUCUCUUUGGUUUGCUCGCUUGUUCAACUUUGGUGUUUCUGAUCUGGAGGCGAAAUAGGUACUACGACCUACUGUGUAAUACCAAAGCAAACUCUUAUUUUGCUAAAUUAAAAUUUAUGGCACUUGCAAAGCGCCUGUUGCUUAUUUAUCUUGCACAUGUACAACCAUCAAGUUUACGGGGAAAUUCACUUUUUUUAAAAAAAAAUCCUCCAGUUUUCAAUUAAUUACCAAUCAGAAAAUGGAAUUUUUGGAAUUGUAUGUGUUGUUUAGCGGCAGUCUUCUACAGUCGUCGUUUGAUAGAAUUUUUCAUGUGAAAAUCAAGUAAUAAAGGGUAGAGUCAUUCACGUGACCAGCAUCUAUGCAACUUUAAUGCUUCAACAAAAGAAAGCAUUUACAUAAGAAAAGAGUUCAGCUCCCACCGGAUUGGUUUGUUACACCAAUAUGGCCGCCGUUUCAUUGUUUGGAACGUGGCCGUCGUGACGUCAUUUAAAAACGCUCCAUAAUUCCAGCGGGAAAAUGCAAGGACUAUAUGCGAUAUGAAUCAAUGAUGAUGAAUCAACCUUGAUUUUAUCUGUAUAUUUUUGAAAGCUACAUGCACCUUUUUGCUUAAUGUUUUAAUUGAUUUUAUUUUGCAGAAAUUUUCAAGUGAAAAAGGAACUUAAUAAAGGUAAGCUUAUUUUAUUUUAUUAAACAUGGAAAAUUGAAUACAUUCCAACCUCCAUGUGACCACAUCUCGUAAGCGAGUACCUAUCCAAGACACCAAAAUUUUUUCAUUCAGAGCCCAAUAAUUAAAAACCUAUCGCAAGCGACCGCGACCACUUUGACAGAAAGUGAACAAACUUGUGUACCACAUUAUAAGUGCAAUAAUAUCUUAGUGCCCGAUAUCUUCGAUAUCUUAGAGCUCUUUGAGUUGAUUGACCUUCUUUUUCUGUUACCAGCAACUAACCCGUUAUACGAACGUGGUGCUUCCGGUACGCUCAAAUUGACACACAUUCAAAAUGGGAACGGACAGGCCGAGGAGGUCUGGCCCGAUUAUCAGCCUCUAGUGGAGAAUACCAAGCCCAGAGAGCGAGCAGACAGUCUGCCAGGGUACCGAACUCUCUCCAUAGGACAGAAACCCAAUCAGCAUCUUACGUCCGAUCGAGGCGCUCGCUCAUCCAAUUAUCUUAGUUUACUGAAGGACGAUCCUGAGGAGGAAAGAAUGUAUCAGACCUUGAUAAUAAAAGACGCUAACUCACAGGUAAGGUUCACUCACACGGAGCCCGCGUACCAAGCGUUUUCAAUCGAGUUAUUAGGGACCUUACGAUCCGACAACGGCGACGUCUUGAAAACGUCGCUGAAAAACAGACUUCGCAUCAUUUUAAGCUUUUUCGCGAUUAUCCCAAUUCGCUCUGUCACUUAAAAGAAGGGGAUUUUGGCUGGAGCUGAAGAGAGGGGAACGCGCUCAAGUUCGGACUUAGAUGGUAGAAUUUAUCGCCUUGCCGUUCCCGUUCCCAAGUAAACUUAAAAUUUGGUCAUUUCACGUCGUUGUUGUGCAGUGAAGGCAAAGAAAUGCACAAAAAAGCGUGAUGCACGUGCAGAGUUGUUGUUUUGCUCAUUAAACCUUUUGUUUUUUGACGUUCCCUUUGCUGUCGUGGACGUGGUUUCGUAAGGUGCCUAAACUCUCUAUGGUGCGAACGUUAGAGCAAGAGCAAAAGAAAUGGAAGAUCGAAGGGGGAGGAGUAGGUUUCCAUCUCUUCCCCCCUCACCUCCCUCUUGAUUCCUCUUUUUUGCUCCUGUCCAGACUUUCUCGACGAACUCGCGCCGAAUAGAUCACGUUGCUGUAGCCACAUAUCAAAAUUAUAUAUUAAAGUGAUAUGGUUUGGUACGAAAUUUCUCCUCUCUGGUUGAAAAAUAUUUCUUUCGUUCGCUUCUCUCGCUCGUGAAAUAUUUUUCAACACUCGAAGAGAAAUUUCGUAUCUCCGCGCGGCCAUGUAAUAUCCUCUAACUAUCUAAAACUUCCACCAGAGAAGUUCAGUUAAAUGGUAAUACCACAGGAAUCCCAAGGCCCGAUUCCUGAAAUUCUUUUUAGUUUCAAUACGGGAUUGAAAUUUUCUAUCGACAAUUGUAUCUUUCAUCCUAUAGAUUGUUCAGAGUAUCAUUUUUUGUUUUCAUAUAAUGAUCGCGGACUUCGUGGGCGUGUAUGAAAAGAAUGAUUUAGUGCAUUUGGUUUUUGCGCGAUCACUUACCUUAUUGUUUUUUGGUGUUAUUACAGAAGUUGGAAAUUAUCGAUGAAGCAAAGAUUCCAGAUUACGCAGAACUUGAAGAACGAUCCGAUAGCGAAGGUCGGUUGCCACGAACACUUUUUUAGUACAAUCACAAGUUCUGCUAUCUUAGAUAUGUGAGGUCAAUGAUUCUGGUUUAGCCUAUCUCAACAAGUAGCUGGAACAUACAGUAUAAUAAGUAGGUUGAGAAAACAGCCGACAUCUCGUGACGCCACCACCGCAUGGUUUCGUCACGAAAUGACGUCUGAGAAAUGAGUGCAGAAAUUCCAUACUGAUGACGCGUCACUACCCAGAUCUAGGUAGUGCGCCUGAUUGGUUGAAAAUUUGCUUCACCAAAUCAGAAGCACUACCCAGAUUUGGGUAGUGACACGUCAUUUCUGUGCUCGUUUCACAGACGUCAUUUCCGGCGGGGAAACCAGUGUUAGCGUCGCGAAAUGUCAGCUUUGUUCUCAGGCUAUAUAAUUAAUAGCUCCGGAGGAAAGAAUCGAGUAAUAAGUAUCAUGAUAUCCACACUUUAGGAUUUCAUCUACAGACUCAAAAGUUACAACUGCUUAAUAAAAUAUACCACAGGAAAGUACUGCUCAGUAGCUUUCAUUCGAAUGGUCACACUUUAGGAUUUCCUCCACAAACUUACAAGUAAGAACCACCUUGUACAGCAUAAUAAACAGUUCCCAGGAAAGUACUGCUCAGCAGCUUCUAUUUGAAUGGUCACACUUUAGGAUUUCCUCCACAAACUUAGAAGAUGGAACCACCUUGUACAGCAUGAUAAACAGUACCACAGGAAAGCACUGCUCAGUAGCUUUCAUUUAAAUGGUCCGCCACACUUAAAGAGUUCAUCCAGAGUCUACAGUGAGAAUCACUCUGUAUAGCUUAACAUUAGAAUCGCGUAUAAUUGCUCUGGCUGGAUGGCUAAAUAGCAGCGGUUUCAUGUUGAUAAUGUUUACGUUAGAAGUUUUUGUUGGUUGUCUGUCGAGUAAUAUUAAACUUAUUUCAAUUUCAGAUUCGUUUGACUCAGAUGAUUCUAAAGAUUACGAAGAACCUCCUCCUCCUUUAGAGAGCUUCGUUAAAAGAAAACCUUGUCCACCUGCAAAAGGGAAAUUAAAUAAUUUGUCGUCAGCUUUUCAUGACUAUGACGAACCAGAAGGCAUCAUUGUGAUACCAGAUAACGAAAAUGAUUCGCCUGAGCAGGUAAUAAGUUGUGGUAAUGACUUUCAUGAUUACGCAGAUCCCGAUGACACGGAUGAAGACAAUGUUAAAUGUCACGUGACACCACAGGAGGAUCUCUCGUGUUACCAUGACUACGAUGAUCCCGCUGAAUGAAGAGAGGGCACGUGACCUUAACUGUUUACAGUGUGGUUUAUGGUUCGAUCGUUCUUUGUAGCGUCGGUUAUGUCGUGUUGGGAGAGAAUGGUUGAAAAUCGCAUCUGGUCAAAAAAAAUAAACGCAGUUGGACGGAAGAGUCAAAACUCAAAACAAAGAGCAUUUGGCCAAUGCCCAAAAGGAAAAACUUACAGCCGGUGUCAAAAAGGAAUACACUUGUGCCUCUCAUCUGGUCAUAGUGAGGAGGUGCCGGAAGUGCACAUCUUAUGCCAAGCGCGGGAAACCUAGAAAUGAUGCAAGGCUAAAGAAACUGGAGCUGGUGUUGUGCGCGGGAAAAAGCAGACCGUGUUGAAAGCGCGGGAAAUUUUGUCUGAUGUCAAGAGAACAAGUUGGGCUCGCUCGUCUUUUGGUUUCGCUUCAGUCCUUUUUCUUUCUCUGUGUAGGACGAAAAGUCGUCCGGCGUAUCAUAAAGUUGAAAAUACAUCGUUUUAGAUGUCGAAAGAAGAAAAUUCUCUAUCCUUGAAAAAUCAUUACUUUUGCUCAAGUAACGCAGAAAAGCUUUUUGUGGAAAAGUCUCAGGGUCGUAUUUAAAUUGAUCGCAUGCUUCGGGCUGCGUAUAUUCUUAAUCUACAUCAGGGACGAACUUAUUCCUCUGAGGGGG